AUGGUGCUGCAUCAAUUCGAUUAUAUAUUCGGGAUCGCCAUGGUGUUCGGCUUUUUGGACGCCUUCAACAUAGGAGCCAACGAUGUGGCCAAUUCGUUCGCGUCGUCGAUCUCGUCCAGAUCGCUGACCUACUGGCAAGCAAUGGUCUUGGCCGGUCUGUGCGAGUUUCUGGGCGCGGUUCUCGCCGGUGCCAGGGUCUCCAGCACCAUCAAAAAUAAUAUCAUCGACGCCGCAGUCUACAGCAAAGACCCGGCCGUUUUGAUGCUGACGAUGUCAUGCGCGCUCAUCGGCUCGUCGAUCUGGCUGACCAUCGCUACCGCCAUCGGACUGCCGGUCUCCACAACCCACUCCAUUGUCGGAGGCACCAUCGGCGCCGGUAUCGCUGCAGGCGGCGCCAGCGGCGUUCGCUGGGGCUGGGAAGGUGUUUCUCAGAUCAUCGCGUCCUGGUUUAUCGCGCCAGUGCUCGCAGGUGCCAUUACCGCCACGGUUUUCCUCAUCUCCAACAUAUGCGUCUUGCGUAUCAGACCAAUCGAAAGAUCUAUCAAAAACGCUUUGCUGUUGGUUGGAUUCCUGGUUUUCGCUACUUUCUCCGUUCUUACCAUGCUGAUCGUGUGGAAGGGCUCGCCCAACUUGCACUUGGACGAUCUGUCUGGAAAGGAAACCGUCCUGUCGAUCCUACUCACUGGCUUAAUCGCGUCACUCGUGUAUUUCACGUUCUUCUACCCAUUCUACCGCAGAAAGCUCUUGCACAAGGACUGGACCCUAUCGCUCUUGGAUCUCUUCAAAGGACCAGCAUUCUACUUCAAGUCCACCGACAAUAUUCCUGCGAUGCCAGAGGGUCACGAUCUCACCAUCGAUUACUACGAGGGAAGACGGGUCACAGAAGACUCUAGUGUGACGACUGAGGACGAAGAGAACAAGGUUACCUUGAAACAAGAAACUGACAUCGAAAGUACCAAGACAGUAGCGGUGGAAGACAAAAGCGAAAACAGGACCACCAGACAAAUUUGGUGGCAGCUACUAAUACAGGGCCCCAGAUUCUGGCCACGCUUGAUGUGGCUUGUCAUUUCCCAUGGAUGGACUCAAGACGUUUUGGGCGCCCAGGUGAACUCCAAGGAUAUGCUGUCUGGCGAUCUUAAAGACAUGUACAAAAGAUCUCAAUUUUACGACAACAGAGUGGAAUACGUAUACUCCGUUUUGCAGGCCAUUACUGCUGCAACGAUGUCGUUUGCACACGGUGCCAACGACGUCGCUAACGCUACUGGACCAUUGUCUGCGGUUUACGAAAUAUGGCAGACAAACCGUAACGGCUCCAAAUCCGAAGUGCCAGUGUGGAUCCUAGCGUACUGCGCUGCUGCCUUGGUUCUCGGAUGCUGGACUUGCGGUUACAAGAUCAUCAAAAAUCUGGGAAACAAAAUCAUUUUGCAGUCGCCCUCCAGAGGGUUUUCCAUUGAGUUCUCGGCUGCAGUAACAUCCGUGAUGGCCACUCAGUUGGCAAUCCCCAGUUCCACAACUCAGAUCGCUGUCGGGGGUAUUGUCGCCGUUGGCCUGUGCAACAGAGACAUGAAAUCCGUCAACUGGAGAAUGGUGGCCUGGUGUUACUUGGGAUGGUUCCUGACUUUGCCUAUUGCCGGACUAAUCGCUGGUCUUCUCAACGCCCUAAUUUUGUAUGCCCCACGCUUCGGUGGUGAAUAUACCAUGACCUGA